AUUUUAGGACUUUAUUGAUAUUGUGCUAUCAAAGACCCAACGGAAGACUCCAACAGUUGUCCACAAGCAUUAUAAGAUCAGCAGGAUACGACAAUUUUACAUGAGAAAAAUCAAGUUUACACAGCAGAGUUACCAUGACAAACUUCAACAGAUUAUCCAGGAUUUUCCCAAGUUAGAAGAUGUCCAUCCAUUCUAUGCUGAUCUGAUGAAUGUUCUCUAUGACAAAGAUCAUUACAAGCUUGCCUUGGGUCAGAUUAACACAGCCCUGCAUCUCAUUGACAAUGUUGCUAGAGAUUAUUGCAGAUUGAUGAAGUACGGUGAUUCCUUGUACCGAUGCAAGCAGUUGAAAAGAGCUGGGAUGGGAAGAAUGUGCACCAUCAUGAAGAGACAAGGACAGAGUCUGGAGUACCUGGAGCAGGUCAGGCAGCAUUUGUCAAGGCUGCCCUCUAUAGAUCCAAACACACGCACACUCCUACUUUGUGGUUUUCCAAACGUAGGCAAGUCAAGCUUCAUGAAUAAGGUGACAAGAGCUGAUGUAGAGGUCCAACCGUAUGCCUUCACCACCAAGUCUCUCUUUGUGGGUCAUAUGGACUACCGGUAUCUUCGUUGGCAGGUGGUUGAUACCCCUGGUAUCCUAGAUCAUUCCCUUGAGGAUAGGAACACUAUUGAGAUGCAAGCUAUCACAGCACUAGCACAUCUGAGGGCAGCAGUUCUCUAUAUCAUGGAUGUAUCAGAACAGUGUGGACAUUCAAUUGAAGAACAGGUGGAGUUAUUUGAGAGUAUACGUCCCUUGUUUGCCAACAAACCUCUCAUUAUUGUAGCAAACAAGACAGAUAUAAUCCAGAUCAAAGAUCUAAGGGAUGAUCAGAAGGAAUUCUUCAAGAAAGUAGAAUCUGAUGGAGUUAAUGUAAUAGAAACAAGCACAGUCACAGAGGAUGGUAUCAUGCAGGUCAAAACAGAGGCCUGUGACAGACUCCUCUUACAAAGGGUUGAUAUGAAGAUGAAAGGUCGUAAGGUCAAUGAUGUUCUCAAUCGCCUCCACAUUGCUAUGCCUACUCCAAGAGAUGAAAAGGCAAGACCGCCCUGCAUUCCUGCUGCUGUGGUAGCCCGCAAGAAUGCUAUGGAGACCGAACGCAAGAAACGUUCUCUCAGAGAUGAAGAGCUUGAACUAGGAGAUGACUUCGUCCUAGAGCUGCAUAGAGAAUGGGAUCUUAAGAAUGAAGAAGAGAAGACUGAUAUCAUCCCAGAGCUCUGGAUGGGUAAGAACAUUGCUGACUUUGUGGAUCCUGAUAUUGAUGCUAAGCUUGCUGAGCUAGAAGAGGAGGAGGCAAUGAGAGAGGCUGCUGGUGUCUAUGACAAUGAAGAAUCGUCAGAGGAUGAAGAGAUGAAGGAAAUCAGGAUUACUGCAAAGAAGAUCCGUGACAAGAAGAUCCUAAUGCAGAUGGAAUCAAGAGAGAAGAAGAGGAUCAGACAUCCUUCUAUUGUUAGGAAGACUGAAGGGAUUAAAAGGAAACGGUUUGAGAGUGAGAUGACUGAGUUGGGUGUGGAAAUUUCAGGGGAUAACUUUAGCCAGAAUCGUGGAAGGAGUAGCAGUCGCGCUCCAUUGGUCAAGAAACGCCGCACAGAUUCCACUGGACGUGCAACCAGUAGCAUGAGAACACCAAGAGAUGAAUCUGGAAUCAGAGAUGUGGAGAAGCGUAAGAAGGUGCGUACCCUAUCCAAGGUGUCCCAACGCAAGAUGAACAUGAACGCCAAGAAGGGUGAAGCCGAUCGUAAGAUUCCAACCAAGAUGCCUAAACACUUGUUUGCUGGAAAGCGAAAGGGUGGAUCCACAAGCAGGCGAUGAGAGGAAUAACAACCACAUUAGGAUUUCAACUGAAUAUUAUAUAUUUCUUCCAUUGACAUGAUGUAGUUUCACAUGUAUAUAUUAUGGUCAGCAUGAUAUAACACUGAACUUUUCGUAUAAUUGAAAUAAACCAAUGAUUAAAUUCUAUUUUCACUGUAAAAUUUAUUUAAAAAUAAAAGAUCGAAGAUUGUUCUUUUUCCAAGUUCAGCCCUGGGCUCUAUGAAUCACACAUCUUUUGGGUAGAAAUGAUAGGCAACAAGCUUCUUUGUAUGCUUCUUAAUCUGAUGGAGAUCUGAUUCAAGCUAUUCUAAAGAGUAUGCAAUGAAGUGUAUUACUUUGGUUGAUUUAGGUGCUUCCUUGUGUCAUUGCCUUAAAAAGUACAUUUUCUCCCAAGAAAAAAAAAUCAUAUCCAUAUUUAUGAAAGUGUAGGGUACAAUUGCAGACCAAGAUAUGAUAUGAUAUAAUGAAAGCCUAAAUGGGUUACAUCUUAAUGAUGUAUAAUAGCUUCUUUACAUUACACAAGAUAUCAUUCAGAGAAGGGUAUUUGACCGUCAAUAAGAGAUAGUUGGUGUUCAUGUUACUCAACUCUGUAGCAUUUAACCAGUAACAACAAAGAUUCAUCAGUUGCAUUACUGUGGUAUUCAGUAUUGUUAACAUAACUCUUGAAAAAUAAGUUAUUUCUUGCUGCCAGUUGACUUGUUCUUCUGUUUGAGAUCUGAGCCUCAGAUUUAUCUGCACUUCCAUCACAUCCUUCAAAGUUGUCAACUUUGUAUGGUGUAAUUUUUUAAAAGGAUCUUUAUCAAUACCAUUCAGCUUAAACAGUCAACCAAAUGUCACGGCAGGUCAUGUGUACUUUAUAUGCUUGGUUAAACACCUGUGCCGUCUUGAAGACAAGAGUUUGUCAUAAUUUGAAUAAGACAUUUUAAAUAAUUUUUGCAAGAUGUAAGAAAGUAUGCCCUCACUGAGGGUUAAACCUUUGGGAUUUUUGUCAUCACUUUGCUUUGUACUGCAUCAAAAUCUCCCAUUUUCGUCAUGUGAUCAGGUCUUUAUUUGCUUUUAUAUGGGGACCACGAGAAAGGUUUAUCCCUCAGCUUGUGGAUGUUGCUUGACCCGCUUACAUUUUGUACAGAAGUUUCUCUUCAUGGAGGAGAAUUUAAAAAGUGAUAUGAAUUUUUAUGCUGUUGAUAUUUAGAGGAAUGUAUUAUCAUGACAUUAAAUUUUCCUUAUAGUAUUUCAGUCCAUUACUGAAGAAAAAAUGAAAUGUAUUGUAUGGAGUUUUUAUUAUUUAAAGUAUGUUCAGAAAUGAUUUGGGAAGAAUGUAUAUCAAGAUCAUCUCCAUACAUUUUGGACAAAGGAAAAGAAAAGAUAUUCAAUAUUUUAAAAUCAUCAACUUUCAUUUAUUUUCUUUUAUGGUCGAUAUUUAUUUGUACAGCCCAACAUCUUAUGACUGGUGUUGCCUUUUAUUAAUUUCAAUUGUUGUGUUGAUAUUUUUAGCUCCAAUAUUUUUAUUUGAUAAGUAGUAAAAAACUAAACACUAUUUUUAAGUUAGUGUUUCUGUUCCUUUCAGGAGACCCAGUAAAUCAGAUUGCUCUAUUUAUUUUGUCCACUGACAAAGGAAAUCUUUGAAUAAGGGCAGCAUUAUAUUUUUGUUCAUUUAUGAUCCGAGGUUAGAUUCUAAGUUCUGAGAGCUUGUUGAGCUUUACUCAAGAUUUUUUUUUUUUUUUUUGCAUUUUAUGUGUAUCAAAAGUUUGAUACAUUACAUAAUGUACAGCUACUGACAACCUGUAUUAAAAUGGUAGCAUUGGGUUCAUAGUGCCACAGGUAUUACAUAUUACUUAACGUUGAAUCAAGGAUGUUUACGAUUGUAUGAUGCUUAUAUUGCAUGUAUUUUAUGUUGAAAUACAACUUUUAUCAUCUACUACUUCA